AGCUUUAGCUAGGGAAGUAGCAUGUUUGUGCACACAAUACGUGGAGCUGGUAUCCCUAGCACUAAUUAAACCAACUAUGUUGACGUAAGAUAAAAACACUUUUGGGCAGCUAUGUGUGACCUCGCAUGGGAGGUGCUCCAGUAGAUGAUGGAUUUCCUCACCCUGUUUGUUAUCUACGUCAUCGUGGUGCUCACAUGUAUAUUCUUAGUCUGCAAAUACUCAGGUCAACAGCAAACUCCCUUUAGUGUCUUAUUCAACUGUUUAGUGAAGGUAGUUUCACCAUUUACACCAACAUGCCUCCAAAAGUUUACACAGUGGUGCAUGCACAGGCUGUUCCAUCAGAGGAACAACAUGUUCAUCUAUUUACAUAUCCUGCUGGAGGGAGUGGUGUAUGCAGAGUUUUCCUAUGAGGUGUUCGGCUUCUGCAGGGACAUGGACACAACUCUAAGCAGCCUGUCUGUGCCUUACAUCCUGCUGGUUAUAAAGAACUGCUUCUUCUACCUCUGCAUUAAAAGAGAUCCAGGCACAGUGACAAAGAAGAAAGUCGCUGGCCAGCUUCAAAUCUACCCGUACGACAGGAGGCUGUUUCACCCGGGAGUCUCAUGUCCAACCUGCCAGCUCAUCAAACCUGCUCGCUCCAAACACUGCAGGCUCUGCGACAGGUGUGUGCAGCGUUUUGACCACCACUGUGUCUGGGUGAACAACUGCAUCGGUGCUCAGAACACGCGGUACUUCCUGCUGUACCUCUGUAGCGUGUGUGCCAUGGCGGGCGACAUGGCCGUGCUCACAGGAGACAUGCUGCUCCACGCCGUACUGCGGUCAGGGCUUCUGGCAGCCAGUUAUAUAGACGAGUUCGGCCAGCAGCAGCCAGCAGGGUUUAUGUUUGUUGUACAGCAUCUGUUCCUGACUUUCCCCCGAAUUAUCUUCAUGCUGGGAUUUCUGGUCUUUGUCUUCUUCCUCCUGGCGGGUUAUGCCCUCUUCCAUUCCUACCUCGCUCUCGUCAACCAGACCUCCAACGAGUGGUACAAAAGUCGAGGAUACUUUUGUCAGCACUGCCACCCGACUACAACAGCGGACCACCUCUGUGACCCGGCCCCAGACCACUCCAAAAGAUACUACUACAGCAGGGGGAUACUACCAAACCUGGGCGAGAUCUUCUUCCCUCUAAAAUCGGUUCAGAAAAAAGACAUUUAAAAAAAAUUAAUACUGCCUUGUAUGUUUUUAUGAUGCAUUUACUGUACCAUCCCCAUGGGGUUAAGUGUCCUUAAGAACUGCUGCUGACAGAAGAUAUAAAGUUUGUGUGUGAUUUCUUAAAGGCCUCUGGAGUUAUGACUAAUUAGAAAGCACACUGUCACUCAAAACUACUCCCCGUUGGAUCAAAUCCUUGUCCAUUAAUUAAAUACUGAAGCUGAAAGCUCAGGACAUCUUA